AUAACUUUGUUGAUAAUCAGUUUUCUCGCCAAGCAGAAAAUAUAUCAGCUCACGAGUAGCACUAAUCAAUUGAAAGAUAAUAUUGCUGAAGCAAAGGUUGCUGAAGAAAUGCUGAAGCAAAGAAAAAAUCACUUCGUUGUUUCGCUGAUGCCCGGCGCAAUCAAGACGAAGGAUACCACUUACUGGAGUCAAGUGUGCGUGUCAACUUCAGGAAGUGCAAUAUCUUCACAAGGAUGAAGUUCUCGACAACGAUGGUUCGAGUGCCUAAGUCUUCCCUUUUAUCAAAGAGUAAACACUUUUAACUAAAAUUCUAGUGUGUUCUUCGGCUUAAGAAGCAUUUUCUGAUGUCGAAUAGUUCCACUUACCAGCAACUGAAGGCAUCAACUUUGAUAACAUAAUCAUACAAAACCUUGACAUCUUUCGCAUUUUAUUACCUUAUGUGAGUGAAAAUGAAAGAAAUGUUAUCAACCACAAUGAUAUAAAUUGUUUUUAAAUAAAAUAUAUUGUUAAGAAAA